AUGGCUGAUACCACAAUCCGAGCGUGUGUACGAUGUCACAGGAAGAAGGUCAAGUGCACUGGUUUUCCAGACUGCCUGAAAUGCAGCGAAGCAUCUGUCCAAUGCGAGCUGUAUACCAGACUUAGAAAAGCGGACACUAUGCGAGCUCUCAGGGGAGCCGAAAAGAGAGUAGAAUGGCUCGAGAAAGAGCUCUCCCGGGAGGUCGGUAUGGAUUGUCAGAGUCUUCCUACGGGGACUUCCACAAAAAGGCAUCCACGGCAAUCGAAUAGAGGACUUCCGAACUCUGCUCCAGAGCCAUCAACUGCCAGCUCUCCCGUUGGCUCAGCAAAUAGAAACCUUGAGCCCUAUAAUAUGUCGCCAAUGGAAUCCCAUAACCUAGCUGGCGUGGAGGUUAAUUCUCCAGCAAGAAGCGACGCACCGGAUAUCAGCCUGCUAGCUCUGAAUGCUACCGGUGAGCAGAGAUAUCUAGGUCCAUCUAGCGGAGCUUUCUUCUCAAGUUAUGCAACGGCACUAUUACAAUCAUGCGAGCCUUCAAUGGCAUCUGUCCUCCACCCUGGUAAGACAAGAGGCGCAAAUCAGGCGCAAGCACGUUUCAGGGAUGACCAGCUACCUCUUCAGCCGGAUGCCAUCGCCUUGCUUAAAAAGUCCUACGAGAUGUGGGUGCAACCCCUAUAUCCUUUAUUGAGCCAUGAAGCCCUGGAUGAUCUCGCAAAUAGAUGCGGCAAACUGCAAAAUGCACCUUUUUCGGAGUUGGUACAGAGCCCAGAGAGCUGCAGUGAGAUGGCAGUGUUUUAUUUGGCCAUGGCUCUAGGAGCGGCCAACCAUAUGAGCACUUGCACGCAACUCGGAUCAAAUCAAGGUAGAAGAGGCUUCCAGGGGGCGUCGCUACCAGUGCCCUCCUCGACUCGGCUCUACUCCGUGGCGUUGCAAUACUUGAGUACUCUAGGAAAAGACUUCCACUCCAGUCCUGCGUUUAUUCAAAUACUGCUUCUUGUCUGUAUAUAUAGCUCAUAUGGCCCGAUCGAGUCCAGCCAAUGGCAGAUGGCUGGCUUAGCGAUGCGAACGGCCAUUGAGAUAGGGUUGCACAAUAAACCCAAGGACUGGAAUACAUCUGAGGAAGAGAGGGACUGGAAGAAUAGGAUAUUUUGGACAGCCUAUUCAAUUGAGAUAAGUCUUUGUUACAAUCUUGGACGACCUCCUUCUAUCAGCGAAGAACACAUCACGGCGGACUUGCCAUUGCAUUCACCACAGACAGCAUUUGCGAUCCGGCAUAUUACCCAUCGUCAGAUACAAAGCCGUAUUAUAUCCAAGGUCUAUUCUAGCGCCUCUAGUAUACGAGGCCAAUCCCUUCAGCUUCGACAAGACCAGAUAGCAGAUUUGCAGUCGGAGCUCGACGAUUGGAGAGUUUCAAUGUCAGUCCUAUGCUCGGAAAAUCCAGAGUUCACGUACCCGUUCAGGUAUUUAAAGCUCUACAACAUUGCGGUUUUCCUCGACCCCUUUCUAAUCAUCAACACAACUAGCUAUUGGGACAGGCUCUACCACGGUACUUCAUUUGUGCUUCAUAGAAGGAGCCCGCUUUGCCCGAAUCCUUCAACCACGUCAUUAGAGCGCUGCAUUCGAUCUUCAGGUGCUUAUAUUGACAAUGUUCUUGAUAUUCUUCGAACCAGCAAUGUUCCCCUCUCAUGGAUGCUUGUGCAGGGUGUUCUAUUUGCCGGUCUCACUAUGGCAGUGACCGCCCAAACAAGCUAUUCCCAAAUAUCUUCAACCUCGGGCCCCUCUCUUCUUCUGGUCGACUUUCCCGCGUGGACUAGGAAGUGCUCCGUAUGUCUAGCAAUAAUGAACGAACGGUGGAACGAUGACCUUUUAUUCAAACUAGAUGCUCAAUUCGAGGUUCUUGCCGACAGUAUUCAAAGAACGAUUUCUACCGGGCUCGCAUUUCCCACAACAGGCAGACCUGAGACUACGCAUUCCUUAGGAGAGAGCGAUAGGAAUGAUGAUUCACAAGCAGAUGGCUCAUUGCCUUUCGCUUCAUCCUUCUUCGACCUCGGAAUGACCGAUCCUUGGGAGACAAUGGACCCUUUUGGGCAGAUUCUAGGAAUUUCCGGGUCUCAGUCUUUUUGGGAUAUCUUCCCGCAAGACUCUCGGAACAAUGAGAACGUUCAAGGUUGGGACCAAAAUUUAGGAAGCACUUAA